AUGCCAUUUAAAUGAUAUAUUACUACAAACCGCACCAUUUCAAUAUUAUUCCCUCAACAAUUAAACAAUAAUUUAAGAAAUGAAAGUAAAGCGGCUUGCAAAGUCUGUUUAUUAAACGAAGAAUUCUCAUCUACAAGACAACUACAAGUUCAGCCUUCAGCUACCUCAUGAUCUAUUUCUAAAAAUACUGACUCUCUUACUCCAGCCAUUUAAUAAAGAAUAAAAUUGAAAGGUUAAAAAAUUAUUUAUACUUAAAUUACUAAUCUUAAAAAGUCUUAUAAUUCUUAUUUUAUAAAAAAAUAAUUUAAAAAAUUAUGCAAUUUACCAAAUUUAUAAUUAAUUUAAAAAAUUCACGAUAAAAUAGAGUGAAAAGUUAGUUUUUCAGGCUAA